AUGGACCACCCUAACUCUCACCUCGUCGACCCCUCCACCUACGACACCAACCUCGACGGCCUCGCCACCAACCUCCCGCUCCGUAUAAGCCACAGCGCCGCGCUCAUCGACCGCGGCGCCUUCCGCGCCCAAAAGGACUGGCAGCACGUCGUCGUCGGCACCACCGCCGCCACCGUGCCAUUACCACCAGGGUACGUCGGCACCGCAGGGCCCGAGUACGGGUUCCUAGCGGUGUGUGUGCCCGACACGCUGCCCGACCGCGCCGAGCUGGUCGGGUACAUCGUCGAGAUGGUGUUCCUGCUCGACGACCUGGUCGAGGCCGCCGAGUCGCCUGCCGCGGCGGCCGCGCCGUACCUGGCUGAUUUGCUGUCUGCGAAGGACGCGCUGGAGAAGGGCGGGGAUUGUGUGGGUGUGGGCGGCGGGCGCGUCGCGCGGACGUUUGUGGGUGUUGGCAGGGCGAUGCUGGCGAUUGAUCCUGCCUGUGCGAGGGAUGCUUUCCGCUGGCUGGAGGUGUCGGUGAGGGCUAUGUUGGUCCGUUUGGGGGGGAGCAGGGAGCUUCGUGAUUUGGACGAGUACCUGGACUAUCGACGGGUGAAUGUCGCUUCGCAGUCUAUGUUCGGAUUGGUUCUCUUUGCCAUGGGCCUCACCAUCCCGGAAGACCAACAACAAACGUGCCUGGAGCUUUCCGAGGCGUUCUGGCUUCAGUUCGCGCUCACGAACGACUGCCACUCCUGGGAGCGCGAGCGGAAGGCGGCGAGCGACAACGGCCAGUCGUCUGUGACGAACGCCAUCUGGAUCCUGAUGAACAAGCACUCGAUGAGUUGGGACGAGGCAAAACAGGCGUGCCGUGACAAGGCCAGACAAUACGCUGCGGAGCAUGUGCGUGUCGUGGAGGCAGCUAAGGCGAGGGAUGAUCUUUGCCACGACGCCAAACGCCUGCUCGAAUGGUUUAGGAAUGCGAUCAGCGGAAAUAUUGUCUGGGGACUUCAGUGUCCUCGCUAUAAUGCUGAUCGGACGUUAACGGCAACACAGCUCGCGCUGGCAGAAGCUAUCCAGGCGGACGAGACACUCGGUUGGAUUUGGGGCCAAGAGAAGAAGGCUAUAAACGGUAUUGCCAAACAUGCGAAGGCUGAGAUCAACGGGGGUGUUGCAAGCCGUACUGCCACCAACGGUAUUAUCACCACUGGUAUUGUUAUCAACGAUGACUCCCACCAAGAGAUGGAGGUUGUGCAGGACGUCCCGAGCCUGGGCACAGAUGUUCUCGAGGCACCAUCGCGCUACAUUGACUCUUUGCCCGGAAAAGGCAUCCGUCACAAGGCUAUCGACGCGCUUAAUGUCUGGUACAGGGUGCCGCCGCAGCAGGCCGCCAUCGUUUCAAAGGCCGUCCAUCUUCUUCACGGGGCAUCCCUAAUGCUGGAUGACAUUGAGGAUUCUUCCCGCUUGCGACGCGGGAAGCCGGCGGCGCAUUUGGUCUUUGGAACCAUGCAGACCAUCAACUCGGCCGGGUUUAGGUUUCUUAACGCCCUCGAGGAAUUGACUAACUCGAAACUAGAGGAGCUCCAGGAUCUCUACGUCGGACAGAGCUAUGAUCUCGCCUGGACGUGCAACUUGAGUUGUCCGACCGAGGAAGAGUACCUUGCCAUGGUUGACGGCAGUCUCUUUCGGAUGCUGGCGAGGAUGCUCGAUGCGCAGUCGGACUCGCCCACCAAGCCGGAUGUGGUCCUCAUCACGCGGUUCAUGACCUUGCUAGGCCGCUUCUUCCAAAUCCGGGAUGAUUACAUGAACUUGACCUCGGCAGAUUACACCAAGCAAAAAGGGUUCUGCGAGGACCUGGACGAAGGAAAAUACUCGCUUCCCAUUAUUCACGCCCUCAGUCGCUGUGGGAAUUCCAAGUCUUCGGAUAUCAAGUCAAAAGCCAACAGCCACGUAGCUAUCCUUCAAAACCUCCUCUCCCAGCGACAAAUUGCAGGGAAAAUGACAUUAGACCAGAAGAACCUGUUCCUUGAACAUCUCAAACAGACAGGAAGUCUCGAAUACACGAGGCAAGCUAUGGGAGCGCUGCAACUGGAGCUGAAGAGCAUGGCAAGGGAGAUGGGCAUGCAUAACAACGAGAAGUUGGCGGGUUUGCUGGAGGCGCUGAAGGUUUGA